AAGAGAAUCUUUUCGCUAUUUUCAAUGUUUCCAUGGCGAUCACUCAAAAUUAAAUUUGCAGUUUCUUGUCCUUUCUUCAUCAGUGAAAAUCAAGCAUCAAAAUAAUUUUUGAAUUUUCAUUCCCAAAAAUAAAAAUUGAACCCAACUAUACAUCUUUCUGCAAUUAUCGCUUCAAUUUCUUAUUUCGAUGCUUUCAUUUCUAGUAUGCCUGCAGGAAUUUUCAAUGGGCAUUGCAUGCGGUUGGAUCGGCCCAAUGAUCAAAAAUUUCCUUGAAGAUCCAAACAGCCAGAUCAAAGCCACCGAAGAAGAAUGUUCUUGGAUUGCGAGUAUGCCAGGAUUCGGCGAAACAUUCGGUCCUUUUCUUUCAAUCCUUCUAUUGGACGUACUAGGACGAAAAAUCAUGAUGCAAAUCACAGCCGCCAUAUUCGCAGCAUUAUGGAUACCAGUUCUAUUCACUCGCUCAGUCAGCAUUUUAUGCAUCUCAUUUUUCGUUUUCGGUUUAGGAAUGGGCACUUGCAACGGGACAACGGCUGUUUACUUGGGAGAAAAUUGCUCCCCAAAAAUUCGAGGCAUUUUUUGCAGCGCUAGCGUCACAUCGUUUUAUUUAGGGGUUUUACUGCAAUGCACAAUCGCUGAGUACUUCUACUUAUCAUACAGCGCCAUUGCGACUGUAAAUUUCAUUUUGGCAUUUUGUGGUCUAAUUACCUGCACAUUCUUGACCGUCGAAACGGCUCAAUUUCUCAUGCUAAAAGGUCAUUUUGAUAAAGCUGAAUCAAACAUGAUGUGGUUGAGAGGAACUAAAAACAAAGACGACAUUAUUACCGAUUUCGAAAACAUCAAAGCGAACGUAGCAUCGGAGAAAUUGAAAAAGGCCUCGUACAGGGAGCUAUUCUUUACACCAGUUAAUUUCAAAAGUUUGAUCAUAGUUCUCACUUUGAACAUGGUUUAUGCAGCAACUGGCAAUGCAGCUUUAUUCAGAUAUAUCUCGGUAUUAUUUCCUCAGAAUGAAGACUUUACGUCAAAUCAAGUUACCGUGUAUUUCGGAAUCUCUCAGUUGACUUUCUGUCUCUUGGCUUCUUUCGUGAUUGAAAACGUUAACCGGAGAUCCCUAAUUUUGUUCUCGUUUUCUCUUUUUCUCGUAUGUCACUCGGUUUCUACGUAUUUCUUCUACGAUGCUGCCAAUAACGAGUCACCAUCUAAAUAUGGUUUAUGGAUAAUAUUAGCCAUGGUUUGCUUAUAUUCGGGGUUCAGCGCAGCGCUCGACUCGGUAGUGCAUAUGAUCAGAGGAGAGUUAUUUCCUCAGAGUAUUAAACCAAUUGGGUCUGGAUUGGCUAUUACGACGAUAUCUUUUACACAGUUUCUAACCAUCAAGACAUUUUUGAUGGUUAAAUCCCAAUAUGGCAUCUAUAUGAAUUUCCUUGGAUAUGCUGUCUGCAGUUUAGCCGCAUUUUGGUUUACUUAUUUCUUCUUACCCGAAACAAGAGGAAAAACUUUAAUUGCGAUCCAGAAAUCAUUAGAAAAACAGAAAUGAAAGUUUUAACUCGAUGAAGAAAAUGACUAGAAAUUUCGAGAUGGGGACGAUAAUAUAAUUAUAGGUACUUAAUACUUAUCUAAUUAACCUAUUUAUUUAAUGGAAUCGAUACCAGUUAUACUUUAGGUAUAUGUAGAUUAGGGUGGUCCUUAACUACAUGGCAAAAAAAAUGUGCGAUUUUUUCCUCUCCCACCCCCUAAAGUGGUGACCUCGGAAGAGAAAAUAAUUCCCUAUCUUUUAUUUUUUCCAUUUUCGAAAAAUUCGGGCUGCAAUAGGCCCCUCAAUUUUCAAAAGUUUGAAAAAAAAACCUAAUUCAAAAAAAAUUUUUUGAAAAUUUUAAAAUUUCGAGUUCCAUCGUCUCUAAAAGGUCCCUUUUGAGUAAAAUAGACUCUCGUGACGAUUUUAG